AUGCUGCGGCGUUUCGCGGCAUCUACCCUGCGAGCCGCAGCAGGAUGCUCACAAUCCUGUCGUGUGCUCUCCACCGACAUUGACUUUUCUCAUGAGAAGCCGGCACCAUUUCAGUUAGAGCAUGUACAAGCACGGGUGGUUGAGACUGUUCCGCUUAUGUUCAAACAAAGGCUCGAUUACACUUUCUAUCGGAAGGAUGUUUUCUGUGACGACCAAAUUUUUGGAGUAAAAAAAUAUCUUUCAGUUGCCUUGGUUUUUCUGUUUAUUUCUUAUUCUUUUCAUUUUUUUCCAUUUAUUAUUUGUCUUAUCUUCUCACUUCUACGAAAAUCAAACAUUCUGGCUGGAUAUAAGCUAAACGUAAGUGUGAAGCAUUUUGAGAUUAACUUUUUGACCGGUUUUUUCUUUGUGCAUAUGCUUGAGUGUCGUGGAGAAAUUAGUUGCAACUUGUUUUUUUUU